AAAAAGGGUGCGCCUUUUGAUUUCAUUUCGGACCUAAAAUAAAUAAAUAAAUGAAAAAGAAAACAAAAGAAUUCGCUUUUCUUCGUUUCUCCGCCCCCUCUCAUUAGUUGGGCCAUAAAAGGCGAAGACGGUGGGUUCCCGAUCUAGGGUUUCCAAUUUUAAAUUUCAAUACCCAGGGUUUUUGAAGCAAAGUGAUCUUGAAGUAUUUGGGUGCGAUUUAGGGCUUAUCUCAAAAAUCUCAGCUUCAGCUGGGUUCAAUUCUCGUCUCAGUUGGAGGGCGUCGGAGGAGACUACGUAACCCACACAGAUUUCUGCUCGCCAAUUGACUUCAACAGCCAGCGCGUUCAACAACUGAAGAACUAGGGUUUCUAACCCAGAUCUCAGUUUCAGCUGAGAAUCCGCUGCCAAUCUUCAUCUCAGAUCAAAUCUGAUGCUUAAAUGAGCCUCCGGCAGCGUGCAAAUCGGGCGGGCCCGGGCCCGGGCCCCCGGCCAUGGCCGUGGGCGCCGAAUUUGGCGAUGAUGUCUACAACAUAAUCCCAAUACACAACCUUUUGGCUGAGCACCCGGCGCUCCGAUUCCCUGAAGUUCGAGCUGCCAUGGCCGCCCUCCGCACCGUUGGCGAUCUUCGAAAACCUCCGUUUGUCCGUUGGCAUGAUGGGCUGGAUCUCUUAGAUUGGUUGGGCGCAUUCUUUGGCUUUCAACGCGACAAUGUCAAGAACCAAAGGGAGCAUCUUGUGCUUCUCCUUGCCAAUGCUCAGAUGCGUCUUCAGCCACCCCCUGAUAAUAUUGAUGCCCUUGAACCCUCGGUUGUUCGUCGUCUACGAAGGAAAUUGCUUCACAAUUACACUUCUUGGUGUGCUUAUCUUGGUCGGAAGUCGAAUUUGUGGGUCUCUGAUUCUUCUGCCAUCACUCGCCGUUCUUCCCCUGACCCACGUCGUGAUUUGUUGUAUACUGCUUUGUAUCUUCUUAUUUGGGGUGAAGCUGGUAAUGUGAGGUUUGUUCCGGAAUGUCUUUGCUAUAUUUUUCAUCAUAUGGCUAUGGAUUUGAAUCGUAUUCUUGAGGAUUAUAUUGAUGAUGCUACGGGUCGUCCUGCUCUUCCUGCUAUAUCUGGUGAGAAUGCAUUUCUUACUCGUGUUAUUACGCCGUUGUAUAAAGUGAUUCAGGCUGAGGUUGAGUCUAGUCAUGGUGGUACUGCUUCUCAUACUUCAUGGAGGAAUUAUGAUGAUAUCAAUGAGUAUUUUUGGAGUAGGAAGUGCUUUGAUCGCCUUCGGUGGCCAUUUGACCUAUCGAAGAACUUCUUUGCUGUUCCCCCCACUAAGAAUCGAGUGAAGAAGACUGGGUUUGCUGAGGUGCGAUCCUUUGCGCACCUUUUCAGGAGCUUUGAUCGGCUAUGGAUCAUGCUUAUACUGUAUUUCCAGGCUGCUGCCAUUGUAGCUUGGCAGGGGAAAACUUAUCCUUGGCAAGCACUCCAGAGCCGAGAUGUUCAAGUUAGGACACUGACCAUUUUUAUCACUUGGGCUGGCCUCAGAUUUGUCCAAGCUGUGCUUGAUUUUGGGACUCAGUACAGUCUUAUCCGGAGAGAGACUUCAUGGCUUGCUGUCAGAAUGGUGUUGAAAAUUAUUGUUGCUAUUGGAUGGUCUCUUGCCUUCACUGUCCUUUAUGUCCGAGUCUGGGACCAGAAGAAUCGAGAUCGUCGUUGGUCCUACGCAGCAAACCAGAGAGUGAUCAACUACCUCGAGGCUUGUGGUGUGUUUGUGUUUCCUGAGGUUCUAGCUCUUGUCCUGUUCAUCAUCCCUUGGGUCCGCAAUUUCCUCGAGAAGACUAACUGGAGGAUCCUCUAUGCAAUGACGUGGUGGUUUCAGACUCGGACAUUUGUUGGACGAGGAUUGAGGGAAGGGAUUGUAGAUAAUGUGAAGUAUGCUCUAUUCUGGGUUUUGCUCCUUGCAGUGAAGUUCAUUUUCAGUUACUUCCUUCAGAUAAAACCAAUGGUUGCACCAACCAAGGCCAUAUAUAAUCUUCCCUCUGUUCAUAUCCAGUGGGCUGAGAUCUUCCACCAUACUAAUCGCUUUGCAGUAGUUGUCUUGUGGCUUCCUGUAGUUCUGAUAUAUCUGAUGGACAUUCAGAUCUGGUAUGCGAUUUUUUCUUCCUUUGCUGGAGCUUUGGUGGGUCUGUUCUCCCAUUUGGGUGAGAUUCGGAAUGUCCAGCAGCUGAGGCUGAGGUUCCAGUUCUUUGCCAGUGCAAUGCAAUUUAAUAUAAUGCCUGAGGAGCAGCUGCUUCAGGACCGUGGAACUUUGAAGAGCAAGUUCAAUGAUGCAAUUCUUCGACUUAAGCUUCGUUAUGGGCUUGGGAGGCCAUAUAAGAAGAUUGAGUCCAACCAGGCUGCAGCUCAUCGGUUUGCCUUGAUAUGGAAUGAAAUUAUUGAGACUUUUAGGGAGGAGGAUAUCAUCAGCAACCGUGAAUUUGAGCUUCUCGAGCUUCCUGCUAGUGCUUGGAACAUCCGGGUUAUUCGCUGGCCAUGUUUAUUGCUCUGCAAUGAACUGCUGCUUGCUCUUAGUCAGGCAAAGGAGCUUAUCGCAUCAGAUAGGGGGCACUGGAGAAAGAUAUGCAAAAAUGAAUACAGGCGAUGUGCAGUGAUAGAGGCUUACGACAGUAUCAAGCACCUAUUACUCGAGAUUGUCAGGGAAGGAACUGAGGAGCACUCAAUCAUCACUCAGUUGUUCUCUUCAUUUGAUGAUUCAAUGCGGUUGGGAAAGUUUACUGCUGAGUUUAAGAUGUCUGUCUUACCUAAUAUCCAUGAAAAGCUGAUUACCCUCCUUGACCAACUACUUAAGCCCGAACACGAUUUGAAUAAGGUAGUUAAUGUGCUACAGACCCUUUAUGAUAUUGCUGUCCGAGACUUCCCUACAAAUAAGAAGAGCACAGAUGAACUAAGACAAUUAGGUUUAGCUCCUUUGAGGCUGAAUACCACAGGUCUGCUGUUUGAAAGUGCUGUUGAAUUGCCCACUCGAGACAAUGCAUCCUUCUAUAGGAAUAUAAGGCGGCUCCAUACAAUACUUACUUCGAGGGAUUCAAUGAACAACGUCCCCAAGAAUCUGGAGGCCCGAAGACGUAUUGCUUUCUUUAGUAAUUCCUUGUUCAUGAACAUGCCUCGUGCUCCCCAAGUUGAAAAGAUGAUGUCCUUCAGUGUUCUUACACCGUAUUAUAAUGAAGAAGUUUUGUACAGCAAAGAGCAACUUCGAACAGAGAAUGAAGAUGGCAUAUCGAUUAUAUUCUAUCUUCAAAAGAUUUAUGAUGAUGAAUGGGUAAACUUUCUGGAACGGAUGAAAGAAAAUGGAUAUGCUAGUGAAGAGCAGGUUUGGGACAAGGGGUCAAGGGAGCUUCGGCUUUGGGCCUCCCUCAGGGGUCAGACCCUUGCUCGAACAGUCAGGGGGAUGAUGUACUACUAUAAAGCUCUCAAGAUGCUUGCGUUUCUUGACUCUGCCUCCGAAGUUGACAUACGAGAUGGAUCAAUUGAACUUGCAUCAGUUGGUUCUUCAAGGAUAGAUAUUGAGGUUGAUGGUCUUGGGGACUCUCAGUAUCCAUCAUCACGUAAUUUAAGCCGAGCCAGCAGUAGUGUGAGCACAUUGUUCAAGGGCCAUGAGUAUGGGACUGCUCUGAUGAAAUUUACUUAUGUAGUGGCCUGCCAAAUAUAUGGUGCCCAGAAGGCAAAGAAGGAUCCCCGUGCUGAAGACAUAUUGUAUCUAAUGAAGAACAAUGUAGCACUCCGUGUGGCAUAUGUUGACGAGGUUCACACAGGAAGAGAUGAAGUGGAGUACUAUUCGGUCCUUGUUAAAUAUGAUCAGCAGUUGCAGAAAGAGGUGGAGAUCUACCGGGUCAGGUUGCCUGGACCCUUGAAGCUUGGGGAAGGCAAGCCUGAAAACCAGAACCAUGCCUUAAUAUUUACGAGGGGUGAUGCAGUACAGACCAUAGACAUGAACCAAGACAAUUACUUUGAGGAGGCUCUGAAAAUGCGGAAUCUGUUAGAAGAGUUCAAUCAUUAUUAUGGUUCUCGGAAACCAACAAUAUUAGGAGUAAGGGAACAUGUCUUCACUGGUUCUGUCUCUUCCCUUGCUUGGUUCAUGUCUGCCCAAGAGAUGAGCUUUGUUACUCUUGGACAGCGUGUUCUUGCAAACCCUCUGAAGGUGCGGAUGCAUUAUGGGCAUCCUGAUGUCUUUGAUCGGCUAUGGUUUUUGAGCCGAGGUGGUGUUAGUAAGGCUUCCAGGGUGAUUAACAUCAGUGAAGACAUCUUUGCAGGCUUUAAUUGUACACUGCGUGGAGGCAAUGUGACCCAUCAUGAGUAUAUUCAGGUGGGCAAAGGACGAGAUGUCGGGCUGAAUCAGAUAGCUAUGUUUGAAGCCAAGGUUGCCAGUGGCAAUGGGGAGCAGACUUUAAGCAGGGAUGUCUACAGGUUGGGGCAUAGGUUGGAUUUCUUCCGCAUGCUUUCCUUUUUCUACACUACAGUCGGCUUCUACUUCAGUACUAUGCUUGUUGUCUUGACCGUCUAUGCAUUUGCUUGGGGGCGGCUUUACCUGGCUUUAAGUGGGCUUGAGGCAUCAAUCAAGAAUAGUGCCGACUCCACCAAUAAUGCUGCCCUCGGUACUGUUCUCAACCAGCAGUUCAUUAUCCAGUUAGGUAUUUUCACUGCCUUGCCAAUGAUAGUUGAAAAUUCUCUGGAGCAUGGAUUUCUUCCUGCUGUAUGGGAUUUCUUGACAAUGCAGCUUCAACUAGCAUCGGUCUUCUAUACUUUUUCAAUGGGAACAAAAACACAUUAUUUUGGACGGACAAUCCUUCACGGGGGAGCAAAAUAUAGAGCAACUGGCCGUGGUUUUGUUGUGCAGCACAAGAGCUUUGCUGAAAAUUAUAGACUUUAUGCACGUAGCCAUUUUAUAAAGGCGAUAGAGCUUGGGGUUAUAUUGACUCUUUAUGCAUCAUAUGGUGCCAUAUCCAAGGAUACCUUUGUGUAUAUUGUCAUGACUAUCUCUUGUUGGUUUCUUGUGGUCUCAUGGAUCAUGGCUCCCUUUGCAUUUAAUCCCUCAGCUUUCGACUGGUUGAAAACUGUCUAUGACUUUGAUGACUUUAUGAACUGGAUCUGGUUUCGCGGUGGCAUAUUUGCAAAAGCUGAUGAAAGUUGGGAAACAUGGUGGGAGGAGGAGCAAGCUCAUUUGCGAACUACUAAUUUUUGGGGAAAAUUACUGGAGGUAAUACUAGAUCUACGGUACUUCAUCUUUCAGUAUGGGAUUGUGUAUCGCCUGCAUAUUGUCCAUGGGAGCACAAAAUUUUAUGUUUAUAUCGUUUCAUGGAGCUAUGUGGUUCUUGCCAUUGGGAUUUUUAUGAUAAUAGGCUAUGCUCGGGACAAGUAUUCUGCUAAGGAACAUAUAUACUACAGGACUGUCCAGUCUUUCAUCAUUACUCUUGUGCUAUUGGUGAUAGUUCUUCUGCUGAAGUUCACAAAUUUUCAUAUUAUUGAUAUAUUUACAAGCCUUUUAGCGUUCAUUCCCACUGGUUGGGGCCUAUUAUCCUUGGCCCAAGUUUCCAGACAUGUCAUAAAACGAAAACCCUAUUUGUGGGAUAUUGUUGUUUCUGUGGCUCGGUUAUAUGACCUGCUUUUCGGAAUAAUUGUUAUGGCUCCAGUGGCGCUGCUAUCCUGGUUGCCUGGUUUCCAGUCAAUGCAGACAAGAAUUCUGUUCAAUGAGGCCUUCAGCCGAGGUCUUCAGAUAUCACGAAUCAUUACUGGCAAAAAAUUUAACCAUGAAAUGUAACUUGAGAUAUUAGAGUUUUAAGCUAGAGAGACAGGAGUGCUACCAGAUCUUUUUGUACAGCUAGCAUAUUUGUCUUUUGGAGUAGUGGAUUCUUCACUGGCUUGCUGUCUUCCGCUGGGCUGGACCUUAUCCAUGUCAAACUCUGCUGGCGGCUAUGUAUUUCUUAGGGAGCUUGAUUCCCUGCGUUCUGAUGGGUUGAUAUUUUCAUUAAGUUCGUAGAAUUUGAGAGGUAGUGCAGUUGUGAAUGCCUUAGCACAAUCCUACAAUUUCAUCUCGAUGGAUGCCCUUCAUCAUUUAGUCCCUUUUUGGUUUUAUUGUUUUGUUUAAAUUUUUGUGGAAAAUGCUACUAAACAUCUUUGUAUGUUCCUAGACCCUGCUUUGGUGACAUGUAAAUUGCUGUAUUUUUGUUUCUAACUUCUUCAUGAAAUCCCAAAAUCGCAUGCAUCCUAUUAUGUACUGAAGAAGAUGAGAGAGGAAUUAUCCAGAUAGGCCGGUGUCAAUAGCUCGAUCAGGAACUGUUUCUCUCUCCUAAUCUCUGCCACUUGCACCUUAACGAAGACAGGGGGAUGCUAAUAGCUAACUGGUUUGUUUGCGAAAAAUGUUCCUAAGUUUUCCGAAUGCUCUUGGUUUUAUCUCUGCACUAUUCCAUCCAUGCUCAGGAUGUUGGGAUGACAUUUGAAGUGUCAUGUUGAUCAUAAGCAAAGGGAUAGGCGAAUGUUGGUGUUAAGUAGAACAUUCUCCUUUAAAGCCUCUCGACGAAUCUUGCAUGUUAUGUUAAAUUUUGUUCAACACUAUCUUCUCUCUACUUUCACUGGUUAAUGGCUACAUGUUUGGUUUUGAAUUCUAUAUGAACUUA